AUGCCUUUUGACACCGAGCUGACGCGCCGUCUGGGCAUCAAGAUUCCUGUCGUACAAGGUGGCAUGCAGCAUAUUGGAUAUGCUGAGUUGGCCGCUGCUGUUUCGAACGCCGGAGGCUUGGGUAUCCUCACAGCUCUCACCCAGCCGACACCCGAGGAUCUAAGGAAUGAAAUUCGGCGGUGUAGAAAGAUGACCAAAAACCCCUUUGGCGUCAAUAUCACGCUGCUGCCUGCUCUUGUACCCCCAAACUAUGCUGCCUACGCCCAAGUCGUCAUCGACGAGGGCGUCAAGAUAGUUGAAACCGCUGGUAACAGCCCUGGUCCUGUUAUUUCCCAGCUGAAGAAGGCUGGCACCAUUAUCCUCCACAAAUGCACCACGAUCAGGCACGCGCAGAGCGCUAUCAAGCUCGGUGUCGAUUUCCUUUCCAUAGAUGGUUUCGAAUGCGCAGGACACGUGGGCGAGUCAGACAUCACCAACUUUAUCUUGCUCACCAAGGCGCGUCAGACGCUCAAGGUGCCAUUUAUCGCUUCGGGAGGUUUCGCCGAUGGCCACGGUCUAGCGGCCGCCCUAUGUCUUGGUGCCGAAGGCAUCAACAUGGGCACUCGUUUCAUGUGCACCGUCGAGGCGCCCAUCCACCAGAAGAUCAAGGAGCAGAUCGUUAAGGCACAGGAAACUGACACAGCCUUGGUGAUGCGCCGCUGGACCAAUACUACCCGGCUGUAUCGCAACAAGGUCACCGACCAAGUUGUCCAGAUCGAAAAGGAGAGUAAGACGGGCGAAUUCGCCGAGAUCGCCCCCUAUGUGAGUGGCAAACGAGGCCGGGAAGUCUUCGUAAAUGGAGAUCCUGAAUAUGGCGUCUGGACUGCUGGACAGGUCAUUGGUCUUAUCCAUGACAUACCGACAUGUGCUGCCUUGCUGACUAGGAUCGAGAAGGAGGCAGAAGAAACGCUCACCUCGAAGCUUGCAUUGGCUAAACCCCAAAGCAAGCUGUGA